UUUUAAUUUUUAAUUUUUCAAAAACAAGCCACAACCUUUAACCUAAUAAGACAAGUUGUAAUUCGCCGCAGCUAUUAGAAAUUAGAAUUUAGAACUGCGAAUUUCUCUCCAAAAAUAUUGUGAUUCGUGAAAUCCAAUUCCAAUUCCAAUUCGAUGGUAUCCAAAAACCCGAACCCGCCGGAGGGCUUCUAUUUGGACAUCCGCCCCUAACUCCGCGGAGGACGCCGCAAAGAAAAUCCGAAAGCCAUACACUAUCACUAAGUCCAGGGAGAAUUGGACUGAACCCGAACACGACAAGUUCCUCGAAGCUCUUCAACUGUUUGAUCGUGACUGGAAAAAGAUUGGAGCAUUUGUUGGAUCAAAGACAGUUAUACAGAUUCGUAGUCAUGCACAGAAAUACUUCAUAAAAGUUCAGAAGAGUGGGACAAGUGAGCAUCUUCCUCCACCCAGGCCGAAAAGAAAAGCUGCGCAUCCUUAUCCUCAAAAGGCUUCCAAAAAUGCUCCUUUACUCUCACAGCUAUCAGAAUCUUUUCAAUCUUCAUCUGCUUUACUUGAGUCCGGAUAUGUCCUGAAACAUGACCCCUCCACAAUGCUUAAAACUCCUAUUAUGAACACUGUGGUGCCUUCAUGGUCAAACUCCACCUUGCAAACCACUAAUUUACUGCAUGUACCAAAAGUGAACGACCCUUCUGGUAGCAGUGAGAGUACCCCCAGAGUGCAGCCAGGUGAUGAAUCCAAUGGACAGGGGAAUAGUAGCUUUCCACUAAGAGUGCUUCCCGAUUUCACUCAAGUAUACAGCUUCAUUGGCAGUGUAUUUGAUCCAAAUACAACUGAUCAUUUGCACAAACUGAAAAACAUGGACCGUAUAGAUGUUGAGACGGUCCUGUUGUUGAUGAGAAAUCUCUCUGUCAAUUUAACUAGCCCAGAUUUUGAGGACCAUAGGAAGGUUCUUUCAACAUACGAGGUUGAACUUGAUACAGAUGACUACAUCAAUGCAGAUAUACUUCAGGAUGAUCAGUUGAAGAGUGCUGCUACCUAGAUUGGUGUUGGAAAGGGAAAACACCUCAUCGGAGGUUCACAAUUUUGCAUGAUUAUGCAAGAUUCCUUGGAAAGGAAACAAGCUGAAAGGCACAAGUCACAGCCUAGUAUAAUGUCCUACUGUGAUUUGUAAUUGCUAUCUGCACAGCAUCUUGGCUAAGCAAAGCCUUAGUUUCCUUCAUUCAUUGUGGUGUUCUUUGUAUAUAUCAAUUACCAUUACAAUGUUGUAAAAGGGAAAUAAUAAUGAGUGUAUAGUUUUCCUAGUUUUGUGUAGGGUCUGUACACUUGUACAGUACUUAAGAUGUAUGUAUGUAUUAUAUUAUGAUUAACCAAACAUCAAAUAUCUACUUGCAAGGUUUAAUUUGAUGUAUUUUGUUUCCUCGAUUA